AUGGCUACCGAGACCUUCCUGGCCCGCCUCUGCGAGCAGGCCGAGCGCUACGAUGAGAUGGUCACCUACAUGAAGGAGGUGGCUAAGCUGGGCGGAGAGCUCACCGUUGAUGAGCGUAACCUCCUCAGCGUUGCCUACAAGAACGUUGUCGGUACCCGACGUGCCUCGUGGCGCAUCAUCUCCUCGAUCGAGCAGAAGGAGGAAUCUAAGGGAUCCGACAAGCAUGUCUCUACCAUCAAGGACUACCGCAACAAGAUUGAGACCGAGCUCGAGAAGGUCUGCCAGGAUGUCCUCGACGUUUUGGACGACUUCCUUAUCCCCAACGCCGCCACUGGCGAGUCCAAGGUCUUCUACCACAAGAUGAAGGGUGAUUACCACCGUUACCUCGCCGAGUUUGCCUCAGGUGAGAAGCGCAAGGGUGCUGCUACCGCUGCCCACGAUGCUUACAAGAGCGCCACCGAUGUCGCCCAGACUGAGCUUACUCCCACUCACCCCAUCCGUCUGGGUCUUGCUCUCAACUUCUCCGUCUUCUACUACGAGAUCUUGAACUCCCCCGACCGUGCUUGCCACCUCGCGAAGCAGGCCUUCGACGAUGCUAUUGCCGAGCUCGACUCCCUCUCUGAGGAGUCUUACCGUGACAGCACCCUCAUCAUGCAGCUUCUCCGCGACAACCUUACCCUCUGGACCUCUUCCGACAGCGCUGAGGGCGAGGCUGCCGGCUCCGCUGAUGCUCCCAAGAAGGAGGAGGGCGAGGCCGCUAAGCCCGCUGAGCCUGCCGCCGAGGCCGCUGAGGAGCCUGCGCCUGCUGCUGCUUCCUAA